GACUGGGGCGAUGAGGAUUAUCCGAAGUUCUGGUGCCGGGACGGAGGACGUUGGACAGGAAGUUGGCGCUGUUCCGACGGUUACAUCGUCGAGACCAACAGGUCAGAGGCGGAGGUGACGCGGGGCAGAGUCUCCAUCCGAGACAAUCGCACCCAGCGCGUGUUCACCGUGACCGUGGGGAACCUGACACCGGCAGACGCCGGCACGUACCGCUGCGGGGUGGGGAAGAGGUGGAAAGUUGAUCCCACGGCCGCUGUGACACUCACCGUCUCCCCAGAUAAUUCUUCCCCACCCCCAACAAUAAGAUCCUCAUCAGCGACAGUGCAACCAGCUUCCUCUUCUCCCUCAAAACCUACUUCCCUCUGGACAACUGCUGUGAAAAGGAAAUCCAGCUUCUCCAGUAACCAAGACACCACUUCCUCUGACAGGGACCGAACCCCAGACAUCCUCCUCUACAUCCUGCUACCAUGCGUCCUGCUGGUUCUCAUUUUGUUUCUGCUCGCUGCUGUGAUGUUGGUGAGACUGUCCAAGAAGAGGAAAAAAGAGCUUUCAGGAGCAUCUGUGCAGAGGGACAAGAACAUCAACCUGUCAAAUUUGGGGUCAGAAGAGGUUUCUUAUGCCACUGUGACGAUUUCCACCCCCGACCAGCAGCCCAUCUAUGCCAACGUGGAGCAGCGCCCCAAGACAACACGCCCAGCCAAGCCCCCUGAAGAAACCCUGUACAGCGCUGUGAAGCAGUCCCCCAAACACUAACCCUGGAUAUGAGGCAGAGUGGGGAUGGGGGCUGCAUAGUCCUUAUCCAGGCUGCUUGAUCCCGACCUGGCAAAACUUGAAGCAACAGGGUUUAGAACCAAAUCUGACCUGGACAAACUCCGGCAGCUGUUGUAGGCAGAGGAUUUACGGACACACUCAGCUGGAACUGGAGUCUGUGGGUUUGUCCAAUGGACAGGUGGCCUGAUGGAAUUAAAGAGUUGCUGUUCUCCUGUGAGGAGUGAGUUCAAAGAGCCAAUGGCUGGGCUUACAGACAAUGAAACUCCUCAGGAUCUGUUCAGCGGGACCGGAGAGAAACCUUGUGUCUGUGUUUGAAUUUCAUACACUUGGUGCAAAAAGGGAGCUUAGCAGGACCAUGAAGCAAACCUGCCUGCAGGAGGAGUUUCCUCCAGAUCAGGAAAGAAGGUAGUUCCCCCUGUCACCACCUCCCACAGCAAGUUAACCUGGAAACAGAUCCAGGCAUCAGAGAGAUGGAUGGAAAUAGAAUUUAUAUGCUCACAGGUGUCUUUGUGAUUAAAUCUAUCAAGCUCUGGAAUCAAAUCAGGUCAGGCACCUACAUCCCAGCCUGAUUUCAUACAGGUACUUAAACCCCAUGGAACUGAAUUUUGAACUGGCUGGACACAGGGCCAUCACCAUCUACAGAGAGGAGAAGUGCAUGGGGAGGAACAUGGGCCUCGGAGCUGUAUCUAUGCGUUAUGGGGGAUGGUAUUAUUAAGGUUGCCUCCCCAACACUUCCCAUUAUAAGACCCUGUUUUAGUUGCUUAGAACUUUGCCAAAGUUGAAUUUUAAAUUUUCCAUGCCAGGUGUCUACCUCAGAAUGGGUUUUUUUAAGUUUCAACCAAACAGUUCAGAUAUUUCUGAGAACAAGGCCAGGGAUAAAUACGCUGUGUUGCAAUGUUAACAAAAAUUCUCUCCACCUUUGCUUUGAGACGCUGUAGCGCCUCCACACUUUGGAGCCGGGACUUGAAAUCUGGCAGAUAGUGGCCCGUAUGUCAGGGACGUGCCGUUUGCUGUUGCUGUGAAAAUCCAGGCAAAUUUGGCCAAUUUAUAAGCCUUUGAAAACUCCAUGUUUGUACUUGCUCAGUAAAAACUUCUUCCAGUUGCACAGAC